AUGAAGAAUUGCAACUCAGUGAUAACUCUAGUUGAACCUUAUUUGAAGCUCACAAAGGACCAUGAAGGAAAGAAGGUCAACAACACUCUCUAUAAGCAAAUCCUUGGAAUCUUGAUGUACUUAAUAGCUACAAGGCCUAAUAUUAUGUAUGUUGUGAAUUUAAUUAGCAGGUUUAUGGAAUCUCCAACUGAGCUUCAUCUCCUUGCUGCCAAAAGAAUCUUACGUUACUUAAAAGGGACUCUUAGUCUUGGCAUACUUUAUCAAAAAGGAGAAAAACUAAACCUUGUUGGUUUUAGCGAUAGUGAUUAUGUAGGAGAUUUAAAUGUUAGAAAGAGUACUUCAGGGUAUGUUUUCAUGUUGUGUUCAGGAGCUAUCUCAUGGUCUUCUAAGAAACAACCAAUUGUCACAUUAUCUACCACUGAAGCUGAACUUGUAGCAGCAACAUCAUGUGCAUGUCAAGCCAUUUGGUUGAGGAACAUUCUUGAGAAUUUACAUUAUAGGUAA